AUGCCGGCUCUCCUCGUCACCUAUCCAACGCCUUUCUUAAGGCUCUCGGAUUCAGGUUCCUUUGGUUCAGCGGCUCUCAUAUACUCUCAAAGUCACCUACGCGAAGAUAUGUCCUCAAACGAAGGAUAUAGGGCGAAAAUCCUGCCAAUUUUGACACGCACUGUCCAAUACACGACCCCAUUCAUCUCGGUAUUUCUUCUCGUCCAUCUCUCCGCCCCGGCACUCGCAAAUGUAGGUGGAUCCUCAUUGGCAUCACAAACCAUGCUUCUCGGCAGAGAAUACUAUCAAACAGCUCUUUCAGAACCUCUACUCGUUCUGGGGCCUAUUGGGAUACACGCGGCUUCCGCGACGCUCAAGCGACUUCUUUCACCCUCUGGCCAACCCCCAAGACGCCUCACGCACCCCGUCAGCGUCACGGGCUACGCGACGUUGUUCUUCCUGACAAUCCACUACCUCACACAUAGAUACUACCCAGCGCUUGACAUACCGCCAAUCGAUUCCUUAGGGCCCGCAGAACUCGACUACGAAUUCGUCAAAGCCGCACUCCGGACCUGGCCAAUACGAAGCUGGUUGUUGUACGGGGGACUCGUAUUCUUCUCAAUCAUGCACGUCGUCGACGGUGGAGCCUUGGUCCGGGCUGCAUGGGUGCAGGAGGGCCGUAUAUUUGCGUCGUUCCUGAAGAAGCAAUAUUCUCGACGGAAGAGGUUGGCGCUCGCGUUGGGUGGUGUCGUGCUCCCUGUUAUGACUGGUGUAUACGCUCUUGCAAACGAGCCGUCGAUGACAUUCGCUAGUAUGACGACUCGGUACCUCAGUGUUUUCCGGUCGUCCUUCGCAUAUAGGUUAUGA